UCUGUGCAGUUUUAGUCUAACCCGUUAACCAGGAGUGACACUCAGCAAGGUAGUGUAGCCAGGGUAGGAGGUGGCAACUUCACUGCAGUCGGGUAUCGGUGAGUUAAGCCACAACCAGAUGUGCGAAAAGUAAGUUUCCCGGUCUGCCUUCGUAGCUGCGGUACUCUGCUGCUCCUGAUUUGUAUUACCCAGCACCCCGAUGACUUCCUCUAUCUCAGACUGGCUUUGGAGUGAGAGGUUUUGGCUUCCCGAAAAUGUCUCAUGGGCGGACCUGGAGAAUCCACCACCUGGUGUGGAGUAUCCACGAUUUAAACACAUGCUCAUCGCCUUGCCUCUGGCCAUUGGAGUUUUUCUAUUAAGGCUGCUUUUUGAAAGGCUAGUGGCCAAACCCUGUGCCCACAUACUUCAGAUUCAGGCGGGAGUGCCUCGGCGAGCUCAAUCCAACGAUGUCCUGGAGAAGGUGUUUCGAUCCAAAACGUGUCCCGACACGAGUCAACUGGACGGUCUCUCCAAGCAGCUGGACUGGGACGUGCGCAAAAUACAGAGAUGGUUUCGUGUUCGUCGGAACCAAGACCGGCCCAGUGCGCAGAAAAAGUUCUGUGAGAGCAUGUGGCGGUUUACAUUUUACCUGGGGAUUUUCAUCUAUGCCAUUCGCCAUUUGUGGGUGUCUCCUUGGAUGUGGGAUACCCGACAGUGUUGGUACAACUAUCCAUUUCAGAAUAUGAGCCCUGGACAGUACAACUACUAUGUAGCUGAGCUGGCCUUCUACUGGUCUCUGAUGUUUUCCCAAUUCAUAGAUAUUAAGCGUAAGGAUUUCUUCAUCAUGCUUGUGCACCACCUAGCAACCAUCAUGCUCAUCACAUUCUCCUAUACCAACAACAUGCUAAGAGUUGGCACUUUGGUCAUGUGUGUGCACGAUGCAUCUGACAUCUUUCUUGAGGCUGCAAAGCUGGCCAACUACGCCAAGUACCAGAGGCUAUGUGAUGGCCUGUUUGUGGUGUUCAGCAUAAGCUUUUUCUUGACCCGGCUUGUCAUCUACCCAUUCUGGGUUGUAUACAGUGUUCUGAUUGAGAGUUGGGAGAUCGUCGGGCCGUACCAAGCCUGGUGGCUGCUCAAUGGCCUGCUGUUGGUGCUGCAGGUUCUUCACAUAAUCUGGUUCUACCUCGUCGCUCGUAUUGCCAUCAAAGCCAUAUUCAAGGGAAAGGUUUCCAAAGAUGACAGAAGUGACAUUGAGAGCAGCUCAGACGAGGAGACGAAAGGCAAAACUCCCAACCAGACCCUAAAGCCAAAGGACGACAAUCACACUGGUAGCCUUAAUGGAGACACUCAUAACCACUGAGUCUCAUGGGCAGAUGUUCUCUCCAAGCGUGGCUUUAUUCAUUUCCAGAGUGCCUGUGUGACUCACCACAUGAAAAGAUUUGAAACUUUUCUUGUCACUUGAAAAAGAUUUCCUGAGUUGUUCAAACGGACUUCAAUACAGACACACUCCAUUUGUUGAAUACAGACUUAGCUUUGUCUUACUGAGUCAGGUUUACACUGUGUGACGUUUACACCUGCUUAUUGCUUACAGGAGUAGACAGAAGAAUGUGUGCACCUUGUCUGCACCUCGCUGUGUGUGUGUGUGUGUGUGUGUGUGUGUGUGUGUGCGCGUGUGUAUGUAUUUGUGUGUGUGCAUUCCAAAUUUAAAUAGCUGCAAAUGUGUUUCUGUCACGAGUAAUUUUGUACAUGUAAAUAGAUUUUAUUAGUGAAACUGGUAAUAUAUUCUAAAGCUGUAAAACAAAUCACUUCAUCUGCCUUUCAGAAUAUACUACAAAAAUGUCUUGAAAUGCCAAAGAUUUCUUAAUAAAACAUUAAUGUAUCAAUUGCA